GGAUGACCGUAUCACCGUGUCUGAGCUCGAAAUGUUGGUUAGCUAGAUGGUGGGGGGUAUGAAAGUGCAGACGGCUGCGCUGCAUUGGCAGACCCUACCUAACGACAGCCUCCAUAUGAUCUUUCCGGUUCGUUAGCCCUGUCGUUCACCGCUGGAUAUAAAUUCCAAUCCAUACUGAUAGAAAUAUCUUUCACAGGUUCAGAUUGUAUCCUUUUUAAUGCCCACUCAUGCCCGGAUUAUCCAGGGCUACUUCGACAACGGCAUGCUCAAAGUACAAUUCACCAAACUCCAAAACUUCAGCGUGCCAAACUACACCGAAGUCAUGAACAUGUUUCUCAAAUGGGGUAAUCCCAUCCCCCAAGGUGACACAAUGCUGAGAGACAAAUUCCCCAUCGGGACCAACACCCCGCCGACCGAUACCAAAACAGAAAGCCACAAAGCCGCCACCACCCCUGGGCCGGCAUUGCCAAAGCCCCGACAUCAAGCUCAGCCAGUUUUUGGUGUCGUUAGGUCUGGAAACGUUCCUCGCCAGUCGUCUCCUACACGUCUUCAACGCACGACUGCACGCGCCUCGAGCCAGAAUCGCCCAGGAAAUAAUGAGAACGCUAGACCACAACAGCAGGGAUCAAAUUACAUGGAUUGGUUUGAUUAACCUUUGGUACCCUGCUUACUCCUUGCAGGUUACAUCACGAUCUAAUCUGCCAUUGGGGUAAACAAGAGUCGGCAGUAUCUUGAUCCCACUGCCUUCAAUUUGGUCAUCAUCAAAUCAGCAUAUGGAAAUUAUCUACUUCCGGCAUCUUGAUGUAUUAAAAUGUGGAGAAUAGAAUGCAUGUACAUCGAUAAUAGUCAUAUCAAAUGACUUGGAGC